AUGGGACUGGAAUGUCGCAUCCUCCCUACAUCAACCAGGAAUUUGCGCCAGACCAAAGCAGAGAUGCGACGAGAGCUGGAGGAGUUGCGAUGGAACAUGAGACAAGGGCAGAAUCCUGGCGAUGCAAACUACCCUCACUCGACGGCCUCACCAACCGUCGAUAUGCAGAAUUACACCCCACUUGAACACGCUUCAGCCACAUAUUCGGAUCCUUCUGGAAGGACUGAUGCAUCAGAUUCAAUGUCCCCAGCUUUCGACUCGAGGCCUCCGACACGAAAAGGUUCCGAUCACCACGGCACGGUACCACGCGUGAUAGACGGCUACUUACUCGAUUCGAAACGGAUCGACGAUUGCUUCACCAUUUAUUUCACACAAUACCAUCCGCUGUUCCCUAUCUUGGACCCAUCAAUAGGGCCCAAUAAUUACUAUGAUCAAUCGCCCUUCCUGUUCUGGACUAUCGUGGUCACGGGAUCGCGACGGUACUCUGAACAUGAAGUCCUUGAAAGGACAAGUCAGCCCAUCACUCAACUAGCAUUUUCCUCAAUGGCGUUACGUACCUCGCAAGUUCCAAUCAUCCAAGGCCUUUUAAUUCUUUGCACCUGGCGACUACCUACCAACUCAAUGUACAAAGAUACAACACACCUCAUGUGCGGUUCAGCAGUACAUCUAGCAACGCAAAUUGGCCUUCACAUAGCAGGCGUAGGCCAGGAUUUUGCUAGGACACCACUUGAGAAGGAUCAAUCACUCAAGGUGCAACGUGCCAGACUUUGGCUAUGUUGCGUCAUCGUCUCCAUAAGAACGAGUUGUGUUGAAGGCAUACCACCUCUUGCUGAAUCAUUCUUCGAUGGCGAUGAGCAAGACCGGGAAGACAUGGUUCCGUACCUACCUUCUGACCUGCAAUUCUUGCACAAAGUCUACAUCAUCCUCAUGCGUGCCAUAGUCGCCAUGGGAAAGACUAACUUACAGUCUAUUCACUGCGACGUUCGUGUGCUACGGUCGUUGAUCGGUAUAUUCGACUCGCAGCUCCUCAGCCUGGCUCCGUCUUCCCCAAGCGAACUCGAUGCUCUGCAACUCAGCUGUGCACGUAUACAUGUGAUGGCGUUCCAUUUCUUCGCUCAUCCCACGAAUCCCGGGCCCGACGCAGAGGGUCUUUCAAGGUUUUACUCUCUAUGCAUCUCAGUCAUUCAAUCCGCGGCAACUAUGCAAACGACACAAAAGGUCCACUUACCUUCUGUCUCGCAAUCGUUCAUCGAUCGUACCAUCACCCUGGCUGGUUUCACCAUUUUGAGGCUUGUUCGAAGCCCGCUCGCUCAACACCUGGAUUUGCUUGCGGGCGAACGAGCAUUCUCCCAAGCGUAUGAUUUCCUCCAGAAUGUGUCUUUGCAGCCGGGAGAUAUCCACUUCCGGACUGCACAUAUUAUGAAAGAUUUAUGGGGUAGCGACAAAGUGUUCCGUAAGAAGGACGGUCGUGUGGAAUCGUUAUAUCUGAGGUUGAGAACAAGGUUGAGUAUGAGCAUCAGCUACGACAUGUUCUGGUACUGGCGAGAGGAAUUCGGCAAUAUGCAAAAUCCCUACAACGGCGACGAAGCGACACUUGAAAACGCUCAGCAGAGUGCACCUCAAUACUCGUCACAGCAACAACAGCAACACCAGCAGCAGCAGCACCACCAACAACAGCAGCAACAACAACAGCAGCAAUUGGAUCCAUCGAUGAGACAGCAACUUCCGGUAACCAAAUUCGACCCCAGCUUGGUCAAUCCCCAGAUGCAACCGGAUCCGUCCGUAAUGAGCAGCUUCGAUGCUUGGGAGGGUCCAGAUUACGGUGUACCGCCAAUGCUCGAUCAAUUCCCUGAUUACGACUGGGCAGCCGGCUUUGAGUUCUCGAACGCCGAGAUGCCCAACGUACCGGUUGGACCUAUAAAUCCAAUGAUGACAGCACCAGGUCCUGGAGGUGCACCAAACAUGGGGUAUACCUACGGUUAG